CCUCCUCUUUCAGAACCGGAAGUGAAGCCGCUGGCCUCUGGGAAGCAGGAAGCGCCUUCACAGGCUAUUCCGAGAGAGUGAGGCGCAGUGGUUGGGACGCCAUGCGGUUCCCUUGGCCGGACUGGGCGGAGUAGCGGCUCUCUAGGCAGGGCUGCUUGCCCUGCCCUCCCGCGGACUGGUUCGUCAAGGGUCCCUUCGUUCCCCAGCCAUGGGAGCCGAGCAGAGCGCGGAGGCGGAGAGCCGGCCUCACGACCACAACGCCUCAGCAUCCCCUUCACCGGCCAAGCAGCGAGCUAAAAUGGAUGAUAUCGUGGUAGUGGCACAAGGGACUCAGUCAUCACGAAAUGUCAGCAAUGACCCAGAUGUCAUCAAGUUGCAGGAAAUACCAACUUUCCAGCCCCUUCUGAAAGGUCUUCUCAGUGGGCAGACAUCUCCUACAAACAUUAAACUGGAAAAGCUAGACUCCCAGCAAGUGCUCCAGCUCUGCCUCCGGUACCAAGAACAUCUUCAUCAGUGUGCAGAAGCGGUUGCCUUUGACCAAAAUGCGUUAGUCAAGCGGAUCAAAGAGAUGGACCUUUCGGUGGAAACUCUUUAUAGCUUAAUGCAGGAGCGCCAGAAAAGAUACGCCAAAUAUGCAGAGCAGAUUCAGAAGGUCAACGAGAUGUCUGCCAUCCUCCGCCGCAUCCAGAUGGGCAUUGACCUGACCAUCCCUCUGAUGGAGAGGCUGAACAGCAUGCUGCCAGAGAGUGAGCAACUUGAGCCUUUUAGCAUGAAGCCAGAUAGAGAGCUCAAGCUGUAAAAAUCCACUGCAGCCGUUGCUUUUAAGACGAGGACCAUGGCUUGGACAUAACUGCACUAUCCAGAGAAGGUAGAGGGGAGAUGGCACUUUGGGGCUAAGAAGAAAUGGAUUGUCAUUUAAAACUUGGAAUACAGCAUUGUUUGGAGCAUAUUUUUUAAAAUUUUCCUUCUUGAAUCUACUCCCCCAAAAUGGUUUCUUUCUGCCCAAUAAAUGCUGCCUUAAGAUGUUGAUUUUCAAUUCUGUACCCUCAGGAAACCCUUUCCAUAUGAGUUUGCAUGCAGAAGAGCCUUGGUUAGUGUCUACCACAGUUUCAAGUUGCAGAGGUAGAAAAGAGAAACUUCUACUCAUGGACCUACUCAGAAAUAGCAAAGGGAAUCUUUACGAUGCUCCUGGCCCUCCCAGCUAGAUAGAUUACUGAAAUGGGAGGAUUCCCUGCUUGUAUCUCAAAAUGAAGACAGCAGUGGGAAUAUUUGCUUAGUUCAAUCGAAAAAGCCAGGAGUGGUCUCUGGUGUUUUUCCUAAUGUACACUAAAAGAACACUUAUACGGUUAGUGCUAGAGUCCACACAGCUUUGUCUCCCCACAUGGGAAAGCAGAAAGAGAGAGAGCAAGGUUGAGUCACUGGAAUCUCCAGCCAGUGCUAUAACCAAGGAGCCUAUGUUGGGUCAUAUCAUGAUAGUAGUGGCUUUACCAAGACCCCAUACCUUCUUGCUGACAAAGGAUUGCAUGGAUGGAAACCUGGCCUAGCCCUCAAAACUGGUUUCCCACCACUUGAUUCUGGGACAUACUACAAAAUAGUUGUUGUUCAAGGUUCUGAAGACUAGUAACAAAUAAACAACUUUCUAAACAUGUUACUGAUAUUGCACAUCUUCCUUAUAAUGUAGAGCUUCUAUACAUUAUUAACUGAGCUGUAGAGUUUGAUUCCCACUUAGGGUCUACUAGGCCUAAGAAAUCUAGGAGGUACUCUACACUAAACGAGUGUGCUCCAAAAUCCAUUCACAGGGAUUCAACCAUAAUUAAGAGAGAUUGCUUUGGGAAAGGUUUACUGUGGACAGGAGGUUUUAACACUAUCUUGUAGGGCAUACCAUCCAUUCACACAGAAGAAAGGGCAAAUCUGUAGUUUCACUUUUGCCUCCCUUUUAAACAGAAAGUUGCAGACUCCCUAUUUUGCCCUUUGCAAUAGUUCCAUCCUUUACAACAGGGAUCCUCAAACUAUGGCCCAGGGGCUGGAUACGGCCCUCCAAGGUCAUUUAACCGGCCCUCGCUCAGGGUGAACCUAAGUCUGAAACGACUUGACAGCACACAACAACAACAACAAUCCUAUCUCAACAGCCAAAAGCAGGCCCACACUUCCCAUUGAAAUACUAAUAAGUUUGUAUUUGUUAAAAUUGUUCUUCAUUUUAAUUAUUGUAUUGUUUUUAAGUGUAUUUUGCACUACACAUAAGAUAUGUGCAGUGUGCAUAGGAAUUCAUUCAUGUCUUUUUCAAAUUAUAAUCUGGCCCUCCAACAAUCUGAGGGACUGUGAGCUGGCCUUCUGUUUAAAAAGUUUGAGGACCACUGCUUUACAACCCAUGAGAACCACUGAGUUGCAAGAAUGUGUUUACCAGACAGCAUUGUGUUUUAUGAAAAUGCUGUAGGAUCGGGGAAUGAAGAUAACUGCUGAUGGCACUCUUUGAAACUACCAGCACUAUUGAAAGGAUGGUAAGUAGCAGUAGGCAAGGAAGUCUUGUUUGACAUUAUUGAUCACUUGAUUGAGGAUUAAGUUGGCUUUUUGUUCUAUAGGGUUAUUGAGUUUUAAUAUUUAUGUGUUAUGGCGACAAUUUUUAUGCUUAUAUUGUUUUGUUGAUCCUAUGGUUAUGUUGUUUACUUUGUAUGUAUUGAUGAUGCUACUUGGAAACCGCUCAGAGUCCCCUCGGGGAGAUAGAGCGGUAUAUAAAUAAUUUUUAUUAUUAUUAUUAUUUUUCCUCUCAAACUAUAAGACUGUGAGAGCUAUGCUUUUCCCCGAAUGAAGGCCUUCCAUGUAGAAGUGAUUAUGGGCUGCUUGGUCCAUCAUAUCAUCAUUCUGCAUCGUCCUGUCCCCCCGUCCCCCAGUUAUGAAAGGAAGGAGUGCUUCCUACAUACUUGCUUCACUAAAAGAUUCCUUCCAGACUUCAUAAGGCAAGGUCCCUGCUUCAUCAGGAGCAAAGGACAUUUUUUAGUCCAGGUCCAGAGAAAGCUGGAAAAGUGUUGUCAGGGAGCAGUUAAUACAUAUGAUUGUUUGUUCCUGAGGAGUGCCACCAGCAGUUGUCUCCAUUUCCCAUUCCUACAGCAUUUUUACAGCUGAACUAACAUGAUGCUCUCUGGUAUGUUUAUGUACUGAUUGCUUGCAACAGUGGUUUUCAUGAGUCCGUUAGAGUCAAAUUAUUCACUUCCAAAAUAUUGCAAGUGCUGAUCAAAGCUCCACUGCAGUAUUUAAACUAAUUCAUUGUAUCCGCAAUACCAUUUUUUCAUGUUGGGUGCACAAAUCUAAUAUGGACUCCCUAUCUUAACAAGCAGCAGGAAUUAGAUGUGGGUUGAGGACCAUGCUAGGGAUGGGAAACAAGUCUGUAUUUUUAUAGGCAUGAUUCAGAAACAGUUGGGAGAAGCAACAGCCACAUACCAUUUGUAGAUUUCCAUGAGGGGUGUGGAUAUUAUGAACCACAUCUGUCAAACUCAAGACCCACUAUGUCAUUUUAUGUGGCCCUCCAGAUGCUGGACUACAACUCCUGUCUUCCUCAUCUUUAAACACCAUGGCCAGAGCUGAUGGGAGUUGUGAUUCAGUAACAUCUGGAAGGCUGCAUUUUGUUCUGUUUAGUCAGGACAGUAGGGUUUGAAUUUAGAUACAAGGCUUGUGGAUAUGAUGUCUGACUUUAAAAUGUCCCUUAACCACAAUUGCUGUUGGGUUGCCCUUCCCAUCAUCCCCAGUCCACAUGGCAGAUAAUCAAAAGUGAUGGGAGCUGCUGUUCCAUAGCACCUGAGGGCCUAAACUAGGUAAAAACUAAGAAGCACUUAAAUUUAAUUCUUCAUUCAUGGAUUCAACAGCCCUUUGAAGGCAACCAUAAGGCUGAUGUGGCCCUCGACAAAAAAGGGUUUGACACCUCUGCCAUCAGAUCUGCUUGGUGCACAUCUGGAAAGCCUAUUUGGACACAAGAUAACAUUUUCAUUUUGCAAUUGCAGCCACUGUUUCUGCAUGUAAGCUGUUCUACACAAUUACAUAGAAAUAACAGUAGCUUGUGAGAAGGCCUGGAUGUUUUCUGGCUAUAAUUCCAAAAUGUUAAACAGUUCAUAUACAGCGAUUUCCUAAGUGUAUUGUGCACCACUCUGAGAUUUUUUUGAUUGUCCGUUCAGGCAUAUUGGGCAUGAUCUUAGGUGUUAAGACUCCAUUCCCAGAAAAAAGUUAUGAUUCUUGUAACUAUCCUGUGUUUUUAAAUGAAAAAAUAACAUGCUCUACAAUGUGCACAAGAACCUUUGGGGAUCCUGUGAGUGGUUCUUCAAGAGAGCUGUAUUAAAUGAUAUUGUAAAUAUGAGAGUUCAAAGUGUUGACAGUCUAUAUCCUUGAAAAUGAGAGCAAGGGAAAUGGGUGGAAAGCAGGCAACUUCUUGAAAGAUCUAUGCAAGAUGGACAGUAUGUAUUAUUUUUUCUCAUUCAUGUAAUGCAUCUGUAAAUGUUCCAGUUGAGUCUUGCAUUGAAUUAUGUUGCACUGUGCACUAUACACAUGCUGUUAAAACAGUAUGUGAUCUCUACUUGAAAUAUUUAUUUCUUUUUGUUAAUAAAGGGCACGGACCAUCC